AUGUCAAAAUCUAAGAAUAAUGAAUUAAAAUUUUCUAUACAAAAUCUCAUCGAAACAAAAACAACAUCAUGUGAAAAAAAAGAAAAAGAUCUUUUAAAUUCAACAACAGAUUGUUCUUUAAAACGUGCUGUUAUUCAAUCUGAAUCAUCAAUUCCACGUCCAAUUCCAAUACUUAAACCAAAAAUUUCUCAUCCAUGUUGGUCAUUUCUAUCUCAAUUUCAACCAAAAAAUCCAAAUGGAAAUCUUCCAUUUAAUUCUUCAUUAAUAUUUCUAAGUAAAAUGAAUCAAGUUUGGGAACAAAUUCAACGUACACAAAUCUCACCGUCAAUAACAACAACGACAACAACAACAGAAAAUGAUGAUGUAUCCGAUGAAGAUAUUUAUAUGGAUGUCUCAUCAUCAUCAGUACGACAUCAUACUGAACUUGAUGAUGAUGAUGAAGACGAUGAUGAAGAUGAAGAAGAAGAAGAAGAAGGUGAAUGUUCAACUAGUACUGGUGAUAAAAAUAAUACAACAUCGAACAGUGACGAAAAUGAUAAACUUAAAACAUAUCCAUGUACACAAUGUGGCAAAAUAUUUACUGCUCAAUAUAAUUUAGUGAGACAUAUGCCAGUGCACACAGGUAUUCGUCCAUUUAUUUGCAAGGUAUGUGGUAAAGGUUUUCGACAAGCAUCAACACUUUGUCGUCAUAAAAUAAUUCAUACAUCUGAAAAACCACAUGCUUGCCGUAUUUGUGGUAAAGCAUUCAAUCGUUCAUCAACAUUAAAUACACAUAUGCGUAUUCAUCAAAAUUUUAAACCAUGGAUUUGUGAGUUUUGUGGUAAAGGAUUUCAUCAAAAAGGUAAUUGGAAAAAUCAUAAAUUAACUCAUUCAUCUAUAAAACAGUAUCAAUGUUCAAUCUGUUCAAAAGCUUUUCAUCAAAUAUAUAAUUUAAAAUUUCAUAUGUAUACACAUUCAGAAAUUAAACCUUAUUCAUGUAUGAUAUGUUCGAAAGGUUUUUGUCGAAAUUUUGAUUUAAAAAAACAUGUCAGAAAUGUUCAUGUGAGUAGUACAAGUACAAAUAUUAAAAAGCAAAUGAAUACAAAUCAUUGUGAUGACGAUGAAGACGACGAAGAAGAUGAUGAGGAUGAUGAAGAUUGUCACUAA